AUGAAUCCGAAGGACCUAAGUCAGAGCACCGACAGCCGACGUGUUGCAGCUGUCGGUAUUCACAAGGUCGCAAUCGUUAAUAACACGCUCUGUCUGGAAGUCUCAGGUAUAGACAACCACGGCCAUGGUAGAGUUAACGUGUUUCAUCAGGUUCUGGCCUCUUUAAACAUCACAGACGGUGACAGCCUCAACUUGACCAAGACCGAGGAAUUCCUUCAAGUAUUAUUUCACAAAUUUCAAUGCCAGUCUACCAGUCCGGGUCCAUGUGACGAUUCUGUGUGUUUGAACGUCUCCGGUUUGUUCACUGUCGUGGGUGCUGACAUGACCCAGGGUCUGACGAAGGAGCAGUUUGACAACGCCUCCGUCGUCAUAUUCUACUACAUCUACAACAUCACCAACUACUGUCGACAGAAUGUCAGUCCGGAAACCAACACGUUUGAGUAUUAUCUCCAGAAAGUUCUGAGCGUCUUCUCCGAGAAAGGUCACGGGGAUAUAGAGGCGGGGAGUAUUGAACAUGUCCUGGAACACAUUGCAAAGUCCAUUAUACUGGAGGAUUCUCAACAGGACCAGCGUGAAGGCCACGACGACCUUAGUCAUGUCAAGGAGGUGCCAGUGGUGGAGGAGCAGUGUGUCAGCGUAGACGCAGCAUUCUACCAGCUUGGUGUGGAGAGUGAAAAUAUCAACAGGGACAAACUUGCAGAUAUCACCGCCUUCAUUGUCUACCAUCUUCUUGAGGGGUCGACAAUGAAGGAGACAUGUCGUCUGCUCCCGUCAAAGCAGACCAUCCUCGACGACCUCUUUGUUCGUAUCGACGCCUCAAACAACACCAUCAUGGACACAGAGCUGAGUGCAUUGCUCGUCAAGCUGAACUUGGAGGGUGAGCGAACCGACCACUCAGGGCACAGGAGAAGCGCGGGGAGUGACGUCGUCGAUGCAGAUGCAGACAGUGUUGUCCGUGGGCUGACACAGGCUGGUGAAGGUCACAGCCAUUCAACAAUCCUGGUCACCAAAAAGUGUUACUCUGUCGGUGAGAUAAAAGCAAUCAGCGGUUUGGGCCAGGAUGACGUCAUUACUAAGGACAAGUUUGUGGAGUUGUGUCCCACCCUGAUGUAUAUGCAGGUGGCAGGGUCAUGCGUCUCCACACCCAACACCACACAUGGACCCACGACCACCAUGACAGAACGUUACGGGUACGGCUCCUUGGCUACUCUCAUCAUCUGCUUAUGCGCCGUACUGGGCGCCAUCCUCUUCCCCCUCCCAAAGGGCACCUGUCACGAGGCGUUCAUGUCCGUCUUCCUUGGCCUUGCUGUCGGCACGCUGUUUACUGACGCCAUCUUGCAUCUCAUACCUCAGGCUUUCGGCCUUCACGACCACGAAGAUGAGCAUGCGCACAACCAGUCUUCCGGUCCAGUGAUAGAAGAAUAUACUUGGUAUGCUGUUGCACUUAUCGCGGGUACCUAUGGCUUCUAUCUGAUCGAGUCUUUCAUGGUAAUCCUUGGAUCCGGACACACGCAUUCUCACAAUCACUCUUCUGUGGAACUGAACCAAAUUGCUGUUGACCAUAAAAAAGAAACAAAAGGAAUUAUCGGAAAAGAGAGCCCACGGGAGUCGCCUUCUUUUUCAACGCUUGCCUUAAUGGUGAUAAUCGGGGACGGCAUUCACAACUUCGCCGACGGUCUGGUGGUUGGCGCCGCCUUCAGUCUCAGCGUCACAAGCGGCAUCACCACCAGCAUCGCCGUCUUCUGCCAUGAACUGCCGCAUGAACUGGGUGACUUCGCAGUGCUGUUGGCGAGCGGGAUGUCGUACAAGAGUGCGCUGUGCUGGAAUUUCGCGUCUGCCCUGACGGCGUUUCUCGGGCUGUACAUCGGAAUCUCUGUCUCCGCAGACCCACUGGUCCGACGGUGGAUAUUUGCUGUCACUGCCGGGAUGUUCCUCUACAUUGCACUGGUCGAUCUGUUACCGUCUCUUAUCAACAACGUUUCGAGAAACCGGAAGUUAGUGUUUGUGAUGCACAACGUUGGGAUGUUGUCAGGUUUUCUCUGUAUGCUGCUCAUCGCCAUGUAUGAGGAGAAGAUCACUAUUUGA